UGUGCGCGCAUGUGGGUGUGUUCAGGUGUGAGCGUUGGCCUUGGAGCUGGACUCGGAGAAAGAAGUCAGCACCCGGACAGUGUGGCAGGCAAAGAGCAGGUCAGAGCUCAGUAAGGGGGCCCUGACCGCUAACCAUGGGGCCAAAGCACUAAAGGGCCCCCAUAGAGAAAUAUAAAACAAGAAAUAGGAACGGAACAUAAGCAAGAAGGAGAAGAAAAGACAAAAAGACAAAAACAACAAAAGACUGAAGGACAAUGGUUGCAGAGGAAGUGAUAAUUUCAUUAUCUGGUGGAGCACCAUGGGGGUUUCGUCUCCAGGGAGGAGUGGAACAUCAGAAACCGCUCCAGGUGGCUAAGGUGCGUAAACGCAGCAAGGCAUGCAGAGCUGGGCUGCAGGAGGGUGACGAGCUGUUGUUCAUCAAUGAACAGCCAUGUGAAACACUGUCCCAUGCCCAGGCUAUGAACCUAAUUGAUGGCUCAACUGGAAUAUUACACAUCCGGGUCAAAAGAGCACCUGUAGGUUUUCAGUCUGUGGUGCUUGUGACCCGCGCUCCAUCUCCCCGUAUAGACAAAGAGUACCGUGCUGCUUUGCGUGCCAUGUCACCCAACCAACCCCAUCAUGCACCUGUCCGGGAGGUCCAUUGUAGCCGCUCUUCCCUGACCAGUGGUUUGACAUCUCCACCUGGCAGUGAGGCCUACUAUGGUGAGACUGACAGUGAUGCAGAUGUGGCAGGCUAUGAGAGGCAGCGCCGACAGAAACGCCGCAGUCCCAGUAACUCCACCCCAGGGAAACCGACAGGACGGGCCUCUCCUGAGGGCGGGGAGACAUCCGAGAUGAGCGGCUAUGACAGCGCUCCAGAUGCACACGUCUACCCUCCUUUGUUGGAUAAACGAGGGGGAGAUGGAAAUGAAGGAGGAGGGCUACCAGGGGUGGCAAGGAGGGAAGUGAUUUAUCAGCCUCCUGUUCCAGGAACGUGGUCCUCCCAGACAUCCACUGAGACCUCCUCCAUUAUCUCCUCAGCAGAUGACCAGGGACCGCGGGAUGGAGGGCAAGAGGAGGACAGUGGCUUUCUGGAACCAGCCAACGUGCCUCUGGUUUCCCCUGAGAGGGCAAAGGAGGCACUGAUGCUGGGCUCCCGCAACCAGCUUGUGCCCAUGGUGGGUCCUGUAAACAAACCUAUUGACGAGGAGCUUACAACAACCUACAUGGAAAAGGCCAAGCAAGCCAAACUGAACCGAGGAGAUACACAACAAGAUAAAAAUGUAAAGGAAGCCAAAAGCAAGUGUCGAACAAUUGCAUCCCUGCUGACUGAUGCUCCUAACCCUCACUCCAAGGGUGUGCUGAUGUUCAAAAAGAGACGGCAGCGCUCCAAGAAGUAUACCCUCACCAGCUUUGGUAGUGUGGAUGAGGACAGAUGUAGAGACUCACAAGAGGAAGAUGGGUUAUUACCCGGCAGUGAGUCAGAGUUUGAUGAAGAUGGCUUCUCGUCAGUUCCUGACCCAACUUGGGAUAGUGAUUACUUGGAUAUGUUGGAGAAGAGGGCAACUGCAGGCACUGAAGGUCGUGGGGAUGGGGCAGAGGAUGCUCCAAGUCCAGGGUUGAGUGAUACAACAGGCAAGGGUGCUCAACUGUUUGAGCAACAGAGAAGGAGAGCAGCUGAGCAUGCAAAGAAGAUGAAGGCUGCACAAGCUCAGACUACUUCACAAGUUCAAGAACGGGCUCAGAUCUUGCAUCCAGAGAUACAACCACAGAUGCAAUCAGACCUCCAGCCUCAGCACAUGAUGCCAACUGGGCCUACAACCAUACAGCGAGAAUUUUUCCAGUCUCCUGGUCAAGUUUCUGUUGGUGCCCUUGGGGCAUCUAAUGGCGACGUAGCAUUCUCUACAGUUACAACGAGCAUGGUGAUGUCAUCUCUACCUGUGACACCCAAACCCGCCACUGCUGCAGUGACUAUUUUGGCCACUCCCUCACCACCAGCUGAAACACCACAACCAGAACUACCUGCCAGUAAUGUUCUCAACAGAACAGCACGUCCUUUCACUCCUGGCUUCAUCAGUAUCCGAGCUGCGACUGCCCCUGUAACUUUCCGACCAUCAGUCACAAAGACAAGCCAGCGUCCAACCUCAGCAGCUGUGUGCCCACCAUUCUCCACUGCUUCUGAACUGGCCAUUAAUGCUACAUCCAUGACAUCACAACUACCCUCCAGUCCUUUAUCAAUGAUCUCCCCACAAUUCUCUGUACCUCAAGGUCCCUUGCCUCAGCCACCAGAGGCUCAAGUCACUUUCCAUCCUCCAGCCAUAUCUACAUCUGUAGAGACAAUGCAGGCAGCACCAUCUAUAACUACUGUUCAUCAGGCUCCAUUUGCAACUAUGCCCCCAGGAUUUAGGCAUUCAAUACCACAAGAACCACAAGUAGGAUUGUAUCAAGCCCCUGUUCCUCCUGUAUCUCAAAUUCCAAGUUCAGCUGAACCAAUUGCUGCAAUGCAUCCACUCCAAGUGCCAGUUGCUCAGCCACCUCCACCUCAGUAUCCCAUGCCAUCAGUAGCUCAAGUAUCAGGGGUAACCUCACCAGAAGCUGUAGCUCCAACCCCCGUGCCUGGUCCAUCAGGUCGCUCAGGAAUAUUACUUGAUUCUCGGCGGCGUAGUGGUAAAGUCAGACCUUUGUUCACUGUUCCAGAAGUCAAAAAGAACUCCCCAAAUCCAGACCUAUUGUCUAUGGUGCAGAACCUGGAUGACCGGUCCACUCGAUACAAAUAUGGCCAACCACCCAAUGAGGCGAAUUAUGAUGCAACUGAGGAAGGCAGGAGUGGUGAGGUUGGAAUGGGAAAGGUUCCUCCUCCAGUGGCCCCCAAACCUCGGGUCAUGCAAGAAGCUCCACAGUUUCUUCAAGCUGGGGGUAAAGGGGCAGAGCUUUUUACCCGUAGGCAGAAUCGUAUGGGUAUGUAUAUAGUAGAUGCCCCACCUGAGGCAUCUUACCGGCAGGAAGUGACCUUGCACAAUGCAUCUCACUCAUUUGACUCUUCGCUAAGUCCUACACUUCCCUCCAAUUUUAAAUACUCCCCAAAUGUCCGUGCCCCUCCUCCAAUUGGGUACAACCCACUCCUUGGUCCUUCUCUCCCUAAAGGGCCUCAGAAGGAUAAAAGCAAACCAAAUAGCGGGAGUAGAGGAGGCACACAAAGAGAAGGAAUCCAAGCUCUGGAUUUCAUGAGAAGGCAGCCCUACCAGCUCAACUCUGCCAUGUUCAAUUACGGGGGCAGUGUUGCAAACAUAUCAGCAAUGCCCUCUUACCAGGCCCAGAGGCAGCAGCAGGGUGAUUACUCAACAACAAUGGUUGGAAGUUCAUUAAUCUCCCCAAAGCAAGUCCCUCUCAAAACAGCCCGUGUCUAUGAGAUCAAACGAUUCUCCACACCCACACCUAUAUCUGCUCCCAAGCUGGCUCCCAAAGUCAUUGCACCUCGCUCAGCUACAACCCUUGGAGAACGUUUGGCUCACUCUGGCAUGACUUCCCCACCUCUUGCUCCUUUUGCUCAAAACCAAAUUCCUUUCUUACCGCAAGGUCCAUACACUGGCCCAAUCCCAGCCAUACCUCCCUUGAAAUCAGCUGGACUACCUAGCCUCCCACAAUUCUCUGCCACCUCUGUUCCAAACCCUGUGCCACCUGCAGUCCCCACUCCUUACACUCCAGUAUCCUACACCACUGGGCUCCAAGCAGCCAAGCAGUUUCAGAGUGCUCCUGAGCUCAGUAUCUUUUCCUCUUUGCCUUCACUCAAGUCUAAGCCAAUCCAGGCACCCAAACCACAUUUUGUUGCCACAAAGGCAGGUGUCCAGCCCUGUGUCUGGAGGCCAGGCGCAAUGUGAAGAGCAGCAGUCAAUCCCUAUCACCCUUGGACAUUGUAAUUCAUUACUAAUUUGCAGCAGACAUGAUUUUGUCAAUUACUGCCAAAAGUUAACCAAAAAGCAACUUUGGUAAUUGGUUAAAUGAUCAGACUUUUCUCCACCUUGGGCCAAACAAACCUGGCACAUAUCCAUUGAUUCCAUUUUGUAAAAUUAGAUAAAUUGUCAAAGUUUGGGUGGGCACAGUAGCUGUAAAAAAAGAAAAAAAUAAUUUCAGGGUAUCAACUUAGGUUUUGGGAAAUUCUUGAUGAAAUGACAAAUUACUAAAUUAAUAUACACAUUUUAUUCUUAUAAAUUCAGCUUUAAACAAAAGGCAAAGGCACAAGUAAGUUGGUCAAGUUUUUGAAUGUGCUUGAACUUCAUUGUAAUAAUUCAUAAAUAUCAAACAUUUUGCUUAUCUCAUUUAUUUAGCUACAAACACACUGUGCUGUCUAGUUCACCAUAUGCCUGUCCUGGGAGGUUGGUGUAAGGCUACUGGAGAUAUUUCUACUAUUUAAGCAGAAGCACCAUCUAAACAGAGCCUGUACUGAAUUUUUCUUUGAAACUUGAAGUAUCUGAAUUUCAAUCACUGGAUUAAACCAUUGAACAUGUACAGUAUGUGGUCAUAUGUGGACAUGUGGAGGUAGAUAAGGGUGGUAUCAUUCUCACAUACAGUAUAUUACUCAGUAUUGUCCUACUAAAUGACAUGCAAAAUAUAUGUUCUCUAUCCACUAACUGUACUGUUAUCAAGAAGAAGCCCACAACAGUCUCUGGGGUAUAUAUUAUGCACAGAAGACAUUUUAAAGAUAUUGUAUCAGAUCUCUGUGGAACUGUAUGUGAAGACAAGAUUUACUCUUUGCAAAAUGUUAGAGAGGUUGUGCCAAAUACCACUGCUCACUAUAACGAGACAGAAAUGCUAUCUUUUUAGCAUGGGUCACAUUCACCAAGUUCUCAUGCUGACACUGAAUGACCACUUGUCACUGGAUAUCAAAGGAUUUCAAAUGCCACUUAGGCACACCAGAGUUUCUUUAAUAUCAGUGUGAUCUUUGCAGAUAUAUGUAAAUUCUUUCACUUUUAUUAUUAAACAAAUAACACAGAUGGAGAACAGUGUAUUUUGUUUUAAUUGUGAUUAAAUGUGAAGGGGUGUCGGGGAAAGUUGAUGAACUGAAUGGCAUCAGCAAUUGUAAGAUGGUUCAUGGAAUGACAGUGCCUGUGGAGGAGGGUUAUAGGUAUGAUCGGUUAAAUGUGAUAAAUGGGAUCUUAGAUAGGGUAUUUACCAUCACAUCCAACUUCUGGGAAACAACAAUCAUAAUCAGAUGUAGUAAUUCUGAGACCUGUGAUUGAUGAUGCACAGUUUUGAUAUCCCACAGCCAGAAGAAGUUAAAGGAUGAUGGCCAAGAAAGGACGGCAUCCGAGGUUUAAUGGAAGAGAUAGAUGAAAGAAUGAAACUGAAGUUUGUCUGAAGUCUUUCCACUAAUGAUGGAAAAAAUAAAGGAUGAACAUAUUUAUCAGUUAUAUAUACCUUGGCAUACUGGGUAUAUGUUUAUGGAAACAAGUAAGAAAAAAAAGUAAAGAAUAUGUUUUCAGUUGUGGAUUUUUUUUUACCGUUUUUGAAAUAUAACUUGUCUUACAGCUUCUUAUUUUCAUAUUAUGAAAGAUUUAGUUUGUAGAUAUAGCUAUGCUGAGGUGUAAAAUAUGAUGCAUAUUUCUGACUGUAGAUGGAUUGAAGUGUGAACAUGUCUAUUAUUAUUGCUGAGCAGACAUUUAUACUGGAUAGGGGACGACAUUUUUAGAAGAAUAAAAUUAGAUUUGAAAGCUGUACACUUAUCUGACUUUA